AGCAUCGGAGCAACUGGAAAUACGUGUGCUAAGUGACUUCUCCCAGGGAGUGAUGAGUAAGAAGACGACGUUACUCUUUUUAAAUAAAUCUGUGCUUUUACGUUACAUAUUUUUUUAGUAACGACCCUGACGCUGACGAGCGGUUGUGCGUCUUGGAGAGGGCAGGGACGCCGGAGACGCGCAACGGCAGCAGCGCAGUCUGGUUGGAGCCACCGGUUGAGAUCAUUCAACUCAACACAACUCUGAGCACUGACUGUCUCAUCGAAUUGUGGGAUACAUAUCGACGACCUCCAUUUACCCGAAAUCUUACUAAACACACGAUGGCCAUCCUCCCCGACCCCCUGAAUAGCCACAAAAGCGUCGGAUGAGUGAAAUCGGAGAUGCUGCGCACCACGGCCAAAAUCCUGGAGUUUUUUUGAACGGGACUGUGGGUGUGUGCGCGUCGGGCUCGCCGUUACCUCCGGACUGCACUCGCCAACUUUCCCCGCUCUCCAUCAAGUCAUGUCUGAUACAGAGCGAUGGGCAAGUUUGACGACAACGAGAGGAUAAUCCUCAACGUCGGAGGCACCAGGCACGAAACCUACAAAACCACCCUGAAGACCCUGCCGGGGACGCGACUGGCCCUGCUCGCCUCCGACUCGGACAUAGACUCCGUGCUGGAUCAGCUGCAACAAGUCCCCGGCUUCAUCGAGUACAACGCGCGGACGAACGAGUACUUCUUCGACCGCCACCCGGGUGUCUUCGCCUACGUGCUCAACUACUACCGCACCGGGAAACUCCACUGCCCGGCGGAUGUGUGCGGACCGCUGUUCGAGGAGGAGCUCUCCUUCUGGGGAAUCGAUGAGACGGACGUGGAGCCCUGCUGCUGGAUGACUUACCGGCAGCACCGGGACGCGGAGGAGGCUCUGGACGUGUUCGAGCUCAACGUGGACAACGGGGAGGAUGACGACGAGAUAGGGAAGAGGCUCGGCAUUGAGGAUGUGGCUGCCGACGGUAAUGUCAGCCUGUGGAGGAAGUGGCAGCCGGUGAUCUGGAAUCUAUUCGAGGAUCCCUACUCCUCCAGGGCAGCGAGGUUUAUAGCCUUUGCAUCGUUGUUCUUCAUCCUGGUCUCCAUCACCACCUUCUGCUUGGAGACUCAUGAGGCUUUCAACACCAUCAUCAACAAGACCGGGCUGAACAGUAGCGUGCCUGACUCAGGCCCGCAGUACGAGAUUGAAACUGACCCUGCGCUCACCUAUGUGGAGGGCGUUUGCGUCUUCUGGUUCACCAUUGAGUUCCUGGUGCGUGUGACCUUCUGCCCGGUGAAGUUGGAGUUUGUCAAGAGCGUUCUCAACAUCAUUGACUUUGUGGCCAUCCUGCCUUUCUACUUGGAGGUAGGGCUGAGUGGCCUUUCUUCAAAGGCUGCCAAGGAUGUGUUGGGUUUCCUCAGGGUGGUGCGCUUUGUUCGUAUCCUGCGUAUCUUCAAGUUAACGCGUCAUUUUGUGGGACUAAGGGUGCUGGGCCACACAUUACGGGCCAGCACUAAUGAAUUCCUGCUGCUCAUCAUCUUCCUGGCAUUGGGAGUGUUAAUUUUUGCCACCAUGAUCUACUACGCCGAACGAAUCGGCGCUAUGCCUAAUGACCCCACUGGUAGCAUCCACACCGAUUUCAAGAACAUCCCCAUUGGCUUCUGGUGGGCCGUGGUAACCAUGACAACACUGGGCUAUGGCGACAUGUAUCCAAAGACUUGGUCAGGCAUGGUUGUGGGCGCAUUGUGCGCCUUGGCAGGCGUGCUGACGAUAGCUAUGCCUGUCCCCGUCAUCGUCAAUAACUUUGGGAUGUACUACUCCCUCGCCAUGGCCAAGCAGAAGCUGCCCAAGAAGAGGAAGAAACACAUCCCUCAGGCGGUGCUGGGUGGGUCCCCCAUCUACUGCAAGGUCGAUCUCAACACCACCUGCAACAGCACUCAAGGUGACCUGUGCCAUGUCAAAGGAAGUAGGGUACUAGAACGCAACCGCUCAGUUCUGUCAGCAGACUGCAGCGGGGGCAGUGACCUGACCAUGUCUUCAGAGGAGAGGGUCCCCAUGCGAAGGUCCAGUACCCGGGAACAGGACGGCCGCAGCGGGGGCACAUGCUUCCUGCUCGCUGCUAGUGACUACACCUGCCCUGCAGACGGAGGGAUGCGGAAAACGGGCUAUGAGAAAUCCCGGAGCUUAAACAACAUAGCGGGCAUGGCUGGUAACGCCCUGAGGUUGUCUCCUGCCACCUCGCCCUACGGAUCGCCCUGCCCGCUGCGGCGCUCUCGCUCCCCUAUCCCCUCCAUCCUGUGAGACGUCCAGCCCCGGGCCAUUUUGGCCUAAAGCAUCCCAAAACAAACCACACUCCCUUUGGUAUUAAAUCUGAACUCUGUUCUAGAUGUUGUGACUAGUGGAUGAGUACUUAACUUUGUAGCUAAGACUAAUGUGUGAGGCUUAGGCAUCCUGAGCAACUCCUCACUUUCCCCUUUUCCCUUGAAGAUAGAUGCGCUAAGCUAACAUCCUGAAGUCAGUUAUCCUGUGUCACUUGGGGUUCGAUAUUGUCGUACUUUGAGACUUGCAAUAAAAGAACUCCGACCGCUGGCUUCAGAAGUAGCAGCCAUAUACUUUAAUAAAAGGACACAUGAAUAAUCAGGGAUAUUAGAUGUUGCUAUAUUUAGGUACCUUGAAAAAGAUGUGCUUCCAAAAAAGAAAGAAAGCAAGAUGUCACUUCAUUUUAACCUCAUACACAACUGUGACUUUGUCUUUGGUUUGCUACUUUGUUUUUUUUGGGGAUGGAGACGGGAGGAUUUGUCUUUCAGGACGAUGUUUUCGACUCACAAGCACACGUUACAGUCCGUCACUCUUCACCUGCUGCUGGGCCUGCUCAUGCUUUUGCAUGGAUCAUCCUGUAACCAUCAUCUGCAAGCAAUGUGGCACGGGGAGAAGGGACCAGACAGUGAGGAGAGCUUAUGGAAAUAUAUGUAUAUCUAUUUGAAGGAGUAUGUUUUUAUGUUGGGGUUUAGUACACUCGACUUGUAUUGUCUCAUUUUGCCAUUGGGCUUCACCACCAAUCCACCGAGGAGACUAAAAACGCUGAACGCCAGCUGGGUGUUUAGUUCUCUCUGCAUGUUUUUUUUUUUUUUUUCGCUUGUCUGCUGCUAUUUCCGAUUAACUUUCUCCCCACCUCCUUCAUGUUUCGUUUUCUUUGACGGAGCACCACCAAAGCUGUUGUGUCUCUGGUUGUUUACUCACAGAUAACUGCAAAGAGGUUGUCUUUACUGGUUUCACACAAGCAGAGAGCAGCGUUCUAUCUUAAUGGCUUGGGGGGGAAGACACCGCCACCAUGGCGGAAAGGUAACCUUUCCGACCGGGUGUGAGGGUCAGACCGCAGUGCGGAACCCUCUCACCCUUUUGGUCAUCAAUUAAGAUGUGUGUUUGCACAAUUAACACCCCAUGAGCAGAUUUUGUUCGUUGCAACAACGAAAUUUUUUUUUCCAUUUCUGCUCUUUUAACUGCACAGUUUCACUUUAUGUCAGCCAUCACUAAGGGCUAUUAACUGCUCUCGAAUCCCCGAAUCAGACAGACUUACCGGAGUUCUCAUAUCAAAUCUCAUAUUAAAACCGACGCAGCCUUUUCCUUUGUCAUUUAGUCAUUCACUAGAUUUCAUAAAUUUCUUCUGCGCACCAACAGGUGUGGGACAGCAGACAUAAGCAUGCAGCGAUGUGCCUCACCCAUCCCUACAGUAUGUCUAUACCAGUAGCAGAUGGUUGCUUAGCAACUGGCUCGCAGCUAGAUGCAUCUUACACAUAGCUUGGCAAAAAGUCAAACAAUUAGAAAAGAAGAGCUCUUGCAAACAUUUCGCUUUGUCUGCACACCAAAUUGUUAAACCACCCCCACCUAAGCCACUGCAAUAUACAAUAGAGCACCAUAGAUUUGUACUAUGUUCUUAUUUUUUUUGUGCAUAUAUUGACACAUUUUGUGCAUGGCAAGUCCUUCUGAAAUGAUGCUCAACAAAGACAGAUUAUGCAUUUCUGGUAUUUAGAGAUGUGUUUAUGUUUCAUUUAGAUGAUUCUUUUCCUAUUUGAAUGACGGUGGGAUAAGUCGUCAGUAUGAGGACCUAUUGCAGUGGGAGGAGCCUAUUUGGAGCCACAAGGCCACUCCUGCAGGACAAUAUGGACCAGAGGGCACGCAGAAACUAUUGACAGACCGCCGUCCAGCCAAUGGCUCCGUGCGCGCCAGGAAGGAACUUACAGAACAAAAGGAAAUCCUGGGAGGACUUUGAGAAGCAUUCACCUUUUCCUGAUUUCUCUUUUUGCUUUUCCCGUUGUGGAAUUGUGGAAGUGAAAAAAGCAAACUGGACACGUCCUUAAAAGAGACUAUCGACUGUAUAGAUAUUGCUCCUGUAAAAAAGACAACAACAACAGCACAUCUGGGCCAACCGGUUCCGUCCACACGUCUGUCUUUUGAUGGCGAGUCAGGUAACGAGGUGGUUGGUUGCUAAGUUGCACCGUGACACUCGACGUCAAUCACUUUUCUUGCUGUGGUAUCCCUCCUCGCAAUAAGUGUAUUAAGAUGUAUCAGUUUGAGGCACUUUGUGUUCUAAAAAUGGAGUGUAUUCAUAUAUGAAAUUCUACAUACAGUAUAUACAGUAUAGAGAGGCAAACGUGCUAAGUCGAAUAAGUGUGACAUUAUGGUCAUCUCUGCUUUUUGUUUCCCUUGGUAAUUUUCAGUAGGCUGCUGUGUGUGUGUGUGUGUGUAUCCUAAAACGCCAGGGUAAGAUCUGCAGUUAGAAAGGCCAGGUCAGCGGAGACCAAUGAGUGGACUUGAUGCGUCACUCUUCCAGUUUUAGCACAAACGUGAAUGAGACAGAGUUCCCCUGUGAUGCAGUUCGCCGUUGUAGAAGUCCCCCGCUGAGCAUUGAACAUGCAACUAACCCUGAGUUUGUGCUGCAGAUGUUUGUCUCUUCGCAAACCAAAUUAUUCCUCAUUACUCCUGGUGGCUAAACAACACAAACUGCAAAACUUGAUUCUUCCAAACUUUUCCCCUUGUGUGGGGUGGAGCAAAAGUGUAGCAGAAGUUUACCAAGUUUAUAGAGUGGGACUUCUAGAAUGGCUACAUCUGCACAGUAGCAAUCCUAUGUACCCCAACCAACCAAUCAGAUCGGAUUUGCAAUAAGCACCCGAAAAAAAAAAAAGAAGCGCCGAUCCACACUGUGAUUUCAGCAGCCCGUUAACACAAGAAGGCAAAAGGAAAGCGGCGUGCAAAUGCAGCUCUGAAAGCUGAUAGAAAGGACACGCAACUCUUGUGUCAUGUUAGUUGCGACCUGCACAGUUGUUGGCUAGCCGUCAAGUGUCACCCUGUACCCACAAUCCUCCUCGUGUAGUACACAUGCUGCUUUACUUGUUGAAUUGACAAAGGGGUACUGUUCUUUAUGUAUUUUUAGGAUGACGUAUCUUUGAGAGAGAAAAAAAAAAAGAGGUGUUUAUUUUUUUGAAUCCAGAACAUGUAUUUUUGUGUCUUACCUGUAAAAGUCAUGGUAGUCUGAUGCUGUGCUUCUCCAUUGUGUCCUCAAACUGUCAGGCUUUCAAUCCGAGUUCAUGUUUCGUAUGUUUUACUGUGAGGAGAAUUCUAGUUUGAAGUCUGUAUUUGUGGAGCCUUUUGUUGGCAUUCUAAAGUGCAUGCUGAAAAAAACCAUUAUGUCAAAUUGUAAAAAAAAUAAAAAAAAUAAAAAAAUACUGACAUACUGUAUAUCACGUUCAAACGAUGUGUAUAGAGUAAAGAUAAAUGCUAUGUGAGAGAUUCACAUAAACUGUU